AUGGCACUUGGAAUGGCUGCCAAGUCGCUGAUUAUUAUCCUCUAUCAAGUCUUGUCCGAUCAUGUGCGAGCCUUCAAGAAAUGGUCAAGCCUCAAGGCCUAUGUUAUUCUCAACGCACUUGAGAUUGUCUUUUGGGGCGCAGGGGUGUUCAUGAUGAUUCAAGCAAACCUCAAGUUUUGCGAGGGUAUGAGUUGCACACUUAGCUGGAUUGUUGUUGUUCUCGGUAUUGUCAUGAGCUCUCUCGCCUUUUACAUGACUAUCGUCACUUGGCUCGACUUCCGGCACUUCCGCACAUACGGAACCCACCGUGGCCGCCAUUACCAGGGCAAGCACCUCGAAGUCCAGUCAUCCGAGAGCAUCACGAUGGACACUGCUCCGAUGACUCGACGACACCCAGGCGACGAAGGACAGGAGCGACUUGAUAUUCCCAAGCCAGUUCAGGCAGACUACGCGUAUUAUUCGCCAAACGCGAGACGCGAGAUGAACCAUUAUCACCACGGUGAUGGCCGAUACGAAGCACGUUGCUCUUCCUGA